AGGCCAGCAACACAGAGGCAGGCAGCCUGAAGGAAGGCCAGCAACACAGAGGCAGGCAGCCUGAAGGAAGGCCAGCAACACAGAGGCAGGCAGCCUGAAGGAAGGCCAGCAACACAGAGGCAGGCAGCCUGAAGGAAGGCCAGCAACACAGAGGCAGGAGUUUGAGCCAUGGAUGACAACGUGGAGGAGUGUCCAGUGUGCCUCACCACCUUUGACGACACCCUCUGGCGGCCACGCAACCUGCCCUGUGGCCAUACAGUGUGCUCGCCGUGCAUUGAUGGACUGAAGCAGCAGGGUGCCAUCACGUGCCCCACCUGCCGGGCGAGUCACGCCGUGCCCGAGGCGGGCCAGUUCCCCAUCUCCUAUAUUACAGAGGGCCUUAUCAGGAGACUGAGAAGACUGGCCUCUCUGCCAGCCGAGCCAGGGAAGCAGGCAGCCCCACCAGUGACACGGCCUGCACCAAAGGCGACAACGGGAUUCAGCAGGAAGGCACAGUCCCUGCUGCAGGAGCAAGAAGUGAAGGUCCUGGCUGCCAUCCGCUCCUGCCAGGAGGAGCAGAGCCAGCUGGCCGAGUAUCUGACAACCCUCGGUGGCUGGAGCAGUCGCCAGCAGCGGCUGCAAGACGAGCUGCAGACUCUGGUGGACCAGAGCAAGAGUGCCCAGGAGGCGGUGCACCGCGAGGAGUCCCGGGUAGAGGGCAGGCAGGAGGAGGUGCGGCAGAAGGAGCAGCAGCUGCACGCCGCGCUACAGUCGCUGCGCACGGCCGCAGCACGGCAGGAAGCUUACGAGGUCAUUGAGGACACAGACCUUCUGGUGGAGAAGGACAGUCAGACAGAGGGGUGUCUGGGAGUGUUUCCCAACGUCCACGCCGUCACCACCGUCACCAGGGUGGCAGAGGCAUCGCGCGCAGCCCUGCAGGCCGCCACCGCUGCCGCUGCUGCCACACAGGCAGCCCUGAAGGCAGCAGGCACUGCUGCUGCAGCCUCGGGGGACUCCAGCCUCCCAGCAGCCUGGGCCGAGGCCUCCUCCAUCGCGGAUAGGCUGCAGGCCCUGCUGGCGCCGCCCCUGACGGCCGAGGACCUGCACAGCCUAACACAGCCUGCCAGGGGCCUGGUGGAGGCCGGCCUUGUCUUCGCCGUCCACGACGUGAAGGGACAGACUCGGCACGCAAGGAUCAGCCUUGAAGACGGCAGCCUUUACCUCCACUCCCUGCAGGCCCAGGUCCUGCCGAACUUCAUCGCCACCCUGCAGAUGGGGAAGGUGGUGCCGGCCGCCCCCCCCUGCGAAGUGUUCCUGGACCUGGCGUGGCCCGGCAGCGCGGCGCGGCGGGUGGUGGUGAGUCUACCCCAGGACACCCCCAGGGGCCGGCAGUUCAUGCUGCUGUGCUCGGGCCAGCGGGGCGCCUGCUACGCCAACACCAGGCUGUUUAACGUGAUGCGUGAGGGACAGCCGGGGGAGUGUGUGGUGGGAGGAGACUACCAGACAGGUGAUAGGAGGGGAGGAGCCGCCCUGCUGCCUCACCUUGACCAGGGUGAGUACUGGCAGUCAGGCAAGGCGGGGGCUGUGUGGUGGUGGCGGUGGCGUGGUGACCCUGCCCGUGGUGCUCAGUUCAGCAUCACCACCCGGGGCGUGCAGCGUGGUAGUAUUUGGUGUGGUGUCUUUGGCCAGGUGGUGCGGGGCCUGGAGGUGGUGCAGGAGGCAGCCCAGCACCGCCCCGUUACUGAGGUGACUGUGGUGCAGUGUGGCGUGGUGCUGUCAAGAUAGUGCUGCACCACACCACACACCACCACACCACACCAUUGCCAAUAUUAUUUUUUUUUUUUUUUAAGAGGAAAGAAGCAAACACACACACACACACACACACACACACACACACACACACACACACACACACACACACACACACACACACACACACACACACACACGGACACACAGACAGACAGACAGAUAGACAGACACAUACAGACAGACACACACACACACACACAGUUCAGCGUGCAUGUCGUGGUGCUGGCAGUGUGUUGUGAUGGUGGCGGUUGUUGGUGUAAAUACUGGCGGCAGGACACACCACUUCACACAUUGGUCCUUCACUAACAACACAAAUAAAGUUUUCCUCAGCAAACACUUCUGUCACCAGUGUUCACAUUACUGGUCCACACUGUCUCAUCUUGCUUCUCCUCAAUAACAUUAUUGUACAAACACAAA